AUGAUGAUUCGUCUCUCCCAGGCUUUACUAGGCCUCAGCUUGAUCAGCCAAGGUGGAGCAACGCCAGCAUCUACUCCACACCAAGCUUGUAACAGGAUCCAGUACAACUUUCCGUCGGGUACCAACAAGAAUGAUCCGCGCGCCGAAGCUGUGAAAAAGGCUUAUGUACGUGAGUGGAAUGAGUAUAUGAAAUAUGCCUUUCCCAAUGAUGACCUCAUGCCCCUGAGCCAUAACUACACAAAUGACUUGUUUGGCUGGGGUGCGUCUGUUGUCGAUGGCAUCGAUACCGCUAUUGUCAUGGGCUUGACAGAUAUUGUCGAGCAACAGCUGCAGCACAUUGCUUCGGUUGAUUUCACUAAGUCUUCGUACUUGGUCAACUUCUUUGACGUGAAUAUUCGCUAUUUGGGAGGACUUUUGAGUGCCUAUGAUUUGAUCAAGAGCGGCCAAUUCCCUAAUUCAUACGACAAAGACCUAGUUGAGAUACUCUUAUCCCAGGCUAAGACCCUUGCGACGGCUAUCAGCCCAGUGUUUGACACAAUCACCGGUCUCCCAGCAGCACAGAAGAAUUUUUCAACCGGCCAGAUUCUUCCAAGCACAUCAACCAUCAAUGGAACAAAGUACAACAGUACAAACACUGCUCAGGCUGGGACUCUAAUCUUGGAAUAUUACCGUCUCUCGGAUCUCACUGGCGAUGAAUCCUUCCGACAACAUGCUAAAAAGGCAGAAGACUAUUUGAUCAAGCCCAAUCCCGCACCGAUGUUCCCCGGUCUGGUAAGUACUGAGCUGGACAUGGAAACCGGUAAAUUCAUCACUUUUGAUGCAGGCUGGCAGGCCGGUGUCGACAGCUUUAUCGAGUACCUCAUCAAAACCUACAUUUACAAUCCCCAAGAUGAAUAUUCAGCAAAGCUGCGAGACUUCUGGGUGACUGCAUCAGAGUCCAGCAUUGAGAACAUUGCGUUGAGCCCAUACCACAAGCCAGAGCUAACAUUCUUAUCUCAACUUGAUGCCAAUGGCAGUAUGAUGUGGACAAUGGAUGACUAUGCAUGCUUCGCAGGUGGAAAUCUGCUCCUAGGCGGAAAGUAUCUUGAUCGACCUGACUUUACCGAUUUGGGAUUGAAAGUAACCGAUAGCUGCCACUGGCUGUAUAACUCGACUAUCACAGGAUUAGGACCGUCAACGAUCGCCUGGUACAACUCCAGCAACAAGGCCUAUGAUCCAGCGUACAAUAACAACGCAACUUACCGCGCCGAGGCAACCAAGUAUGGCUAUUUCAUCGAAGAUCCAUCUUAUCGCUCAUACCCGGAACCGCUUGAGAGCAUAUGGUAUGCAUACCGCAUUACGGGUGAUACCCGUUGGCAAGAAUAUAACUGGGAGAUCUUCCAGGCGCUGGACACCCAUCGCUCUGCCGCUGUACCGUAUACUGAGAUCUCCGAUGUGAAUGCUCCUGGAGGUGGGGAAUUGGUCAAUCUGGUUUCGAGCUUCUAUUUCGCCGAAGUGCUCAAGUACCUGUAUCUUUCAUUCACCGAGACGGGUGUUCUCAGUUUGGAUGAGUGGGUGUUCAACACCGAGAGUCACCCCUAUCUCAUUCAGAGCAAGUGCGCAUCCUCUUAG